CAUGGUGCUGACUGGUACAUGUGGAGCCUCAUUGCUCACCGAGUGUGAGUUCGAGUCUGAUUUGUCAUUUUGAGGAGGUGAGGCUUGGAAUAUUUUGGCUGUAAUUUUAUUCUCUAGGCUGUCGAAAAAGCUUGGGUACUGUAAGGACCUUCUACCAGAGACGAUGCGAUUUGAAACGCUCUUGUGAUCUGUUCUUGAAUAGGCUUCGAGGCCAGACACCCUGUCGUGCAGUGUUAUUGGAGGGGAGAGUCCAACAAGUGAAGAGAGGUAUCAAUGAAACAGUAACAGACGGACCCCGAUAUCCACCAUAACCACUCGUCAUCACCACCUUCACAAUGGCGCAAGCCAAUGACACCAUAGCCAUCAUCGUCGUCCUAGUAGUCUUCAUGCUAGUCUUCAUCGUCUGGUGUCUAUGCCGUCCUAGGACUCGCCUAUUAGAUAUCGAGUCCAAUAGGCCAAGAACUAGGGCUAUAAGCACAUCUUCCUACACGAUAUCAAAUCGACCACGCCGUCCGAUGAGACAAACUUCUAUCAGAACGCAGUCCGUAAGACACUCUUCCAGGAGAAGAACUCCGAUAACACGACCAUCUCCCACAAGAUUUCCUCCUCCUCCUCCUCCGCCGGGUCCAGGGUAUCCCAAUAUUCAUCGCCCACCAGUGCCAGAAUCAGAUUCCGAUACAGAACCAGAGCCAGAACGACGUCCGACUAGAGUACCGGCCGUAGUGCAACCAGAACUACGGACUGGUAACCGUGCACCAGGCCCUGCACUCGGACCGGGCUUGGUUCCAAGGCCAGGAAAUGCAAAUGUUGAUCGAGGUCCAGCUCCAGCUCCACCACCAGGAAACCCAAAUAUAGAUCGUAGACCAGGUGCCGGACCGGGCAAUCCGAACAUUUAUCGCGGGCCAGUUCCCCCGGCGCCCGGAAAUCCGAAUAUUGCCAGGUCUCCACCGAAUAGGAAUCGAUGAGUGUGAGAUAAGCUGGAUGAGGUGUUUGUUCUCAGGGCUUCGACUAAGAAGAGAACUUAUCAUGACGGUGCUUUUAUUGUGUUGUAUAUAGUUCCAAGCAGGCAUGCUUUAGACAAUUUUGGGAACGUUUUCAGGUCAAUGGAAUCAAGCAAAUGAAGAGGCAUAUUCAAAAAAAGGAGAAGAAAAAAAAGAAAAAGGGAGCUACCAACUGCCUGCAAAUGAUUUUGGAGAGACAUGGUUAUGGAAUACCUCUGGAUUGAGCGCCUGUUCACGAAGCGGACUUCAUGUAGACUAAGGCUAGACUAUGGGCUGUAUCCUUCAAACUUGAGGAAGAACCUCAAUAUUUUGUACAAUGUAAAGAAUCAACAAGAUGAUAGCUGCAAGUCGGUCCGGG